CCUUGGAUGGACAGCGGCCGCCGCUUCGCCAAGGACCGGCUCACGGCCGCGCUCUCCCCCUUCUCCGGGACGCGCCGCAUCGGCCAUCCUUACCAGAACCGGACCCCGCCGAAGCGGAAGAAGCCGCGCACGUCCUUCUCGCGCUCCCAGGUGCUGGAGCUGGAGCGGCGCUUUCUGCGCCAGAAAUACCUGGCCUCGGCGGAGAGGGCGGCGCUGGCCAAGGCCCUGCGCAUGACGGACGCUCAGGUCAAGACGUGGUGGGUGGGACUUGCGGAGCCAGAGCAGAUAAAAGGUGAUGCUGCGAUGGGGGCAGCCCGCACUGGCUGGGUGGGUACCAAAGGUGUGAUGGGAGGAAAAUGCCAAUGA